UUGCAGGAGUACUUGCCAUGGCAGGAAGCACUGAAUGGAUUUUUUGAUGUGCUUAAAUACUUUGGCAACGAACCGGAGGCCAAAUAUGCAGAGAACUACAUGCGUAAUCUACUUGAACCGACCUACAACAAAACCAGCAUAGCAGAAAUCACAUACAAAUAUAGAAUUGAUGCGAAUGACAGCUUGUUCAAUGAAAUAGUUUCUGCACCUCUCAAACCCAAGGCUUAUUGUUAUGGAGUCAGAGAGGGUGGUGAGCCUGCUUUCAACAGGGUCAAACAACUUUAUCAGCUAGAAAUAGCGGCUCUCGAAAAAGACAAUCUUCGCCGUGCUUUGGGAUGCCAUAAAGAUGCUCGGACAUUGAAAGAGUACUUUGCCAGUUACAAAAUACGACGUAGUGAAUUUGUUGUCUUUUAG